AUUGGCUAUGGCAACACUACUGGCAAUUAAUUCAACCAGGCCUUGUCGUUGCUUCCACUUCCUUCUUUUUGGCGUGGCUUCGGUAGAGAACGGUAGUGCUUUGCGUUGCCGGCUGAGUUCGCGUCGAAAGUCUUUACUUUGGAAUUAGUGUAAUAGUAAUUUGUUUUGUGUUUAUAACAUAAUAACGUUGCGAUCAAUAUGAGGCCGCAACAGAACGGAGGAGAUGAUGGCUUUGAUGAGCCCGAGGUGCACCGUAAAAUAUUCAUCGGUGGAUUGAACUAUAGAACCACUGAUGAGUCACUCAAGUCUCAUUUUGAAAAAUGGGGUGAAAUAGUUGAUGUCGUCGUUAUGAAAGAUCCGAAAACGAAGAGGUCGCGUGGGUUUGGUUUUAUCACCUAUUCCAAAGCACACAUGGUUGACGAUGCGCAAAACAACAGACCGCAUCGUAUUGAUGCCCGUGUUGUGGAAACCAAGCGUGCUGUAGCUCGACAAGAUAUAAAAAACCCUGAGGCUGGUGCCACCGUGAAGAAAUUGUUUAUUGGUGGUAUUAAAGAUGAUCAUGAUGAGGAACAACUUAGGGAGUACUUUUCCAGCUAUGGAAAUGUCCAGAAUGUCAGCAUUGUAACUGACAAGAGUACAGGAAAGAAGCGUGGCUUUGGAUUUGUGGAAUUUGAUGAUUAUGAUCCCGUUGAUAAAGUCUGCUUGAAUGGCCCACACAAAAUAAAUGGUAAACAAUUGGAUGUCAAGAAAGCUCUGCCAAAAGAUGGUGCUGACCAACGCGGGGGUGGUAGACAGGGUCCAGGAGGUCGUAAUGAUAACUGGGGCAAUGGAGGAGGCUAUGGUGGUGGCAACCAAGGAGGAUGGAACAAUUCCAAUCCUUGGGAUAACAACCAAGGAGGUGGUUGGGGUGGCAACCAGGGUGGUGGCGGUGGCGGCGGUUACGGAGGCGGUGGUAAUGGCCGCGGGGGUUGGGGGAACCAAGACUUUGGCAACUACAGCCAACAGACAUACAGUGGUGGACCCACUAGGAACCAACAAUAUGGUGGCAACAACCGCGCCGCUCCCUACAACAUGAACCAGGGUGGCGGCGGCGGCGGUGGUGGCUAUGGCAGCGGCGGCGGCGGUAACUAUGGAGGAGGCCAGGGUCGAGGAGGUCGUUUCUAAGCUAUGUUUCGUGCUAAGUACACUAGUAAAGCAGUGUUUACCGCUAGUGUAGGCAGUACGCUCCGGAGCACUAGAUACACACCUCAUGGUCCACCCGCGAGACCACCUAGGAGAAGGCGUCAGGAAAACCUAUAGAAUUAUAGCUGAAGCUCUUGACUCUUAAAUCUGUUAGAAGAAUAUUUAGUAACUUUUUAUAUGUGUACUGAAUUGUAAGAUGGUCUUCUAUUUAUUGUAGUACCUAGGUACUUAUCGUGACAUACUUUUAAGGAUAUAUAGUAAUGUAAAAAUGAGAAUUAUUUUACGUUUUUUUUACGAAAUAAGUACAACUUAGGAUAUUUCUGUAAGAAUCCCUCAUGUAGACGCUAGGUGAAUGAGAUCAGUAGUUGACAUAGUUUAUGAAGUGAAUCAUGAUUAUUUUUAAUUUCCUGACCUUACUCAGUAUUAAGUUCUCAAAUAGCUGUUAUUUGAUUAUCAGGCUUAGAAUUAUGGACUUUUAGGCUAAUAUAAUGUAAAAAUAAACUUUAAUACAAAAUAGUAGGGUUGUUUCUUUAGAUCUGUAUAUAAUCCUCUUUUAUUUAUUUUUUAUUUUUUUGUCAGCUCUCACUAUUUGUGGGAAAUACUAUAAAGUAAGAUGUCUUACUUUAAAUAAUUCAGCUGACUUAAUUAUAAAUAAUUGAAUUUUUUAUUUCGAUGAAUUAAUAAACAAUUUGUCUUGAUAGUUAUUACAUGUGUAUACGUUGUUCCUUACCUAUUUAUUUCGACCCUAGAUUUUUGUUGAUAGUUGUGGUCAAUGUAGUAACAUCUUUUUGACUAAAAGAAUUUAAAUUUGUACUGAUUGUUUUGAAGAAAGGUUUUCUUCAAAAAUAUGUAACCAGUUUGGCGACGACUGUGUUACCGUUAUUAUUAUGUAGCGGUAACAGAAGUAGAUUGCAGUGAACAGUUACUGAACGCGCAUAGAUGGCUCGCAAGUUGUCGUUAUUUCGUUACAAGAUAAGGAUUUUUAUACGCAAGAAAGUACGUAAUCUUAGGUAAGGUAUUUAGAAAGGUAUGUAGUAAUUACAGGUGUCAGUUUUCAGUAUUAUUUUAUGUAUAGGUAGGAAUGUCUUAUUUAUUAUACUUAUUAGUGAUGAUAUACAUUGCAGUACUUAUCUGCGCUACAUGUAUAAAGUUCUUUCAUUGUAAAUUCAACUAAAUAAUUGCCAUCGAUUAUCAAUAACUUAGUUAAAGUUUAAUCACUGAUGCCGAAAGGUAUAUUAUACAAGCAUUAAUUACCUAUAAGAUAACUCCUGAACAUGGUAACAUUCAACAAAUAACAUGAACACAAGUCAAUAAUUCUUAAUCCAACAGGCACGCGGUCUUAUUGAAGUAUCUUCUUGUGACCUAGAGAGUGAUCUAGAAUGACAAUCUAGUCUUGUUCAAGGGGAGUUGAAUUAUUUCGGUACCCACCUAGUACAUGUUUGGUUUGGGGCUGAGUUUCUUUAUAAUAAAUUUAUAAUUUUGUCCUGCAGCCUAAAUAGUCUAAAACACGCAGAAAAUGUAUUUCAAUAAUCUUCCGAGUGAAAUUGGGUGGGAUUAAAACGAAUUUCAUUUAUACUCUGCCUCUAAUUACUAACGAAAUGUAGGUGCCUAACAUGCACAAAUAGGUAAUACAGAUAAGUUCUAGCUACCUUACCUAAAAGUUGGAAAAUAGUUUGAAGAGCUCAAAAGAAUUGCAACGUAUAUUUUCAUCAAUCUGAAUCUUCAUGUCUGCUGCCUGUUUCUAGAUUUGUUUUUAUUUAUUUUUGUUUUUUUCCCAUUACGAAAAUGAAUUGUGUAGGGUAUACCUUAUUUAAUUUUCAUUUCUAAUCUUUUAAUUUUAUUUUCAUGAUGAACUUCGGGGGCAACUGGGUCUAAACAAUCUGCGAAGUUCUUUUCUUCUCAGGUAAGUUUUGUUUUUAGUUAGCAAUUUUAUUUUCAUUUACAGUUGUGCAUUAUAAGACAUAUAGAAAAAUAAAGCUUUUUUUAAAAUUACCAUGUGUUUA